UCCUCCUCCUCCUCCAGCCCCGGGACUACGGCUCCCGGCCUGCCCUGCCCGGCCCGAGCCAUGGCGGAGAUCCGCGUGUUCCCCCUCUCCUGCGCUGUGCAGACCUAUUCCUGGGGGAAGGUGGGGUGGGAGAGCGAGGUGGCCAAGCUGGUGGCCAGCGGCGACCCCCUGGUUCAGAUCCAGCCCGACCGGCCCUAUGCAGAGCUCUGGAUGGGUGCGCACCCCCGGGGCGACGCCGUUAUCCGCGAUAACCGCAUCCCCCAAAAGACCCUGGGCCGGUGGAUCGCCGACAACCCCGCCUGCCUGGGGACGAAGGUGAAGGACACCUUCCAGGGCCACCUGCCCUUCCUCUUCAAGGUGCUCUCAGUCAACACCGCCCUCUCCGUCCAGGCACACCCCAACAAGGAGCUGGCAGCAAAGCUGCACGCCCAGUUCCCCGAGCACUACCCUGAUGCCAACCACAAGCCCGAGAUGGCCAUCGCUCUCACCCCCUUCGAGGGGCUGUGCGGCUUCCGGCCCGUGGAGGAGAUCGUCUCCUUCCUCCAGGCCGUCCCCGAGCUGCGGGCGCUGAUCGGGGAGGUGGCGGCGGAGCAGCUGGAGCGCAGCGGGAGCGACGACCCCCGCGGGGUCUCGGCCGCCCUGCGCGUCUGCUUCACCCGCCUGAUGAAGAGCGAGAAGAAGUGCUUCGUCGACCAGCUCAACCUGCUGGUGAAGAGGAUCUCCCAGGAAGCGGCGGAAGGGAAGGACACGUCGGGGAGCAACGGGGACUUGCUGUUGAGGCUGCACUCCCAGUACCCUGGUGACAUUGGCUGCUUCACCAUUUAUUUCCUCAACCUGGUGAGGCUGGAGCCAGGGGAGGCCAUGUUCCUGGGGGCCAACGAGCCCCACGCCUACCUGCACGGAGACUGUGUGGAGUGCAUGGCCUGCUCGGAUAACACGGUGCGCGCCGGGCUCACCCCCAAGUUCAUCGAUGUCCUCACCCUGUGCGAGAUGCUCAACUACACACCAGCACCCAGCAGCUCCAAGAUCUUCCCGGCCACCCAGAGCCAGCUCGACCCCAGCGUCUACCUCUAUGACCCACCUGUGCCAGACUUCACCGUCAUGAGGAUAGAGAUCCCCUCCUCCAUCAAGCUGUACCUUGUCUCCGCGGUGGAGUCUGCCAGCAUCUUGCUGGUGAUCAGGGGAGCAGCCGUGGGCACCUCCACAGCCGCCGCCUCCGAAAUGACUCUGUGCCGGGGCUCCGUGCUCUUCAUCUCUGCCAACGAGAGCAUCUCCCUCCACCUCUCCUCUCCUGACGGGAUGCUGCUCUUCCGAGCCUGCUGCCUCCUCUGAGCAGGACCCAGCACCACUCCAUCUUUCAGUAGAUAGAAACUGGCUGGGGCAAAGUCACCUGGCUGGGAAGUUUCCCCUCCCCUCUUUUGACCCCGCCCCCCCCAAAACCAGCCCCCACCCCGUGUGUAGAAGGAGCAAUUCCACACCUCGAUUGCUCAGACGUGGCACAGAGCAGGGAGAGGAAGAGCACCUCCCUUGGCAGCUCCUUAGCCACGUCCCCUUAGCAACAUCCCCUCUGGGUGCUACUAAUGCCAUAGGGUGACUCCUUUUAUUUUUUCCCACCCCCACUGAGAAGGCCUGAGGUCUGUACCCUGGGCAUCCAGCAUCUAGGAGCUGCUGCUCCCUCUUGUGAAGGUGAUGCUGAGUCUCUUUUUGCUGCUCCUGGGUGCCUGGAGGUUUCUUCCCCAGCCUGGCUGAUGGCAGGCAGUUCCUCUGAGCCAUGUCACCCCUUCCCCAGCUGUAAAAGGGGGAUGCUUGUUGGAGGGGGGGGGGUGUGGAGGAGCUGGAGAGCCUCCAGUGCUGUGAAUAAAGUGAUGACUUUGUCCUUGG